AAAUUCUUUCCCUCUAUCGCCUCACACUGGCAACGUAUCCGUUGUACUCUACAUAUUGUGCUCUCCUCAACGACAGUGAAGCUUUGGUUGCAGUAAUAACAGCAUGCAGCACUACUCUUUGUGAUAAUAAUAUUCGACGACGAAUUCUGUUUCCUCCGGUUUUUCUUUUUCUUUUUCUUAUAUUUACGAAUUAUUGUCACAUAAUAAAAAAACUAUUAAAAGUGAAUAGAAAUAAUAAUGUCAGCUUCACCAAUUGCAAGGCAGGCUACACAAAGUCAAAAUAUACCAUUGAAAAGGAUUGUUGUUCAUGAUCCCAAUCAAAUGCCAAUUGAUUACUCCUCCACUCCUGGAGGAACCAUUUAUUCAACUACACCUGGAGGUACUCGGAUUGUCUAUGAACGGGCCUUUCUCAUGAAUCUCAGAAAUUCACCAAUUUCGAGGACUUCACCUACAAAUGCACCAUUAAUUCCAGCUGAUCUCUUGAAAAGUACACCAGCUAUUACGUCUCCAAUAUUGAAUGUCGGCAGUAAGAUAACCAACGACAUUCCAGUGAUUGAGGAGACUUCCGAGCUGUUUGAAAUGGACAUGUGAUGAACUUUUCUCGGGUAUUAACUGUGAUUAUGUAUUGUGUUGAUAAUUACAUAAUAUAAAAUUGACAAAAUUACGAAAAUCUCAUCAUCGAGUUGUACCAUAUUGAUAUAAGUUUUAUGCAAAGUUUUCUUCAGUCUAUACCUUCUGUACGAAAAAAAAAACGUGCGAAUAGAUAACAACAAUGUAACGCAAUAAGAAAUUUAAUUGUCAGUCAUGAAAAUCUUUCUGAUUUUCGUUCAUUAAUAUGCUCACUUGAUAUUUUUCAUUGAAAGUUAUGAGUGCAAUAUAAGUUGAUUAAAUGGACAUUAUACGUAUGAUUA